AUGUGGACCAGGGGAGGGCCUCCUGCACGGGGUAGAGCCCCCCGACAAAGCUUCCACAGGCCUCAUGGAGCAGCCGAGGAGGAAUCCCCUUUAGAUGAUUCUUGGCGUACGGAUGUGCCGCCCGACUCUGCGGCAGCCGAUGCGCAUAAUGCGGAGACUUUCGGCGCAGACGCGCCUGUUGUAAACCGCGCUGAUGCCUCGUGCGACUGUCUGAGCAUCUCGUCGUGCGCGCUGAGUGUUCAGCGUAGGCGGGAAGGGCAGCGAGUGCUAGGGGGAUGUUGCCAAGGGCCCACACCCUGCGUCUGCUGCGUCUGCUGCUAUAUACAGGGCAUCCGGCUACCGGAUUUCUUCAGCACGGAUGCAAGAGGAGCACCGGUGGAGGUUGUCUUGGAGUCUCUAGAGCCGGAUCCUGGACCCCUAGGCAGCAGUAGCGGAAGAUCACCAGAGAACCCUUAUGCAGCCCUGCAUUCUUCACAGACCACCGAGCACUUAGACUCGGUGGUGCUUCGUGGAGUAGAAGGAGUAGAGCAACAGGGGCCUCACGAGCUGCUCGAACUGCAGCAGCAGAAGCAGUUCGAUCAAGAAUCGCCUCUGCAGCAACACGUGACGGCAGCCCAGCAGGUCGGUCCGCUUGCCUCUCUGCUGCCUGAGCUGGGCAGCCCCUACCCUCAUCCUUUGAUGCAGGCUCGUGGAGUUGCCCCUCUGUUAAGUCCUCCUGGCUUCGAAGGCGCUGACGUUCGGCGAAUGCAGCCACCGGUGCACCAGCCGCAACCCCCCUUUGCAGCAGCAGCAACAAGUGCUGCAGCCGCCAUUAUCCGAGAUCCUGCUGUCCUCAUGGCAGAGCCGGCUAGCCAGCCUCUGGCGAUGGGGAGCACGGCCGGAUUGAGGGCCCCCUCCUCCUCCAGCGACGGGAUUCUAAGGGACCCCGCCGUGCAGAGAGUUGUGUUGCUGAACUCAGUGGGAAGCGCAGCAGAUCCGAGUCUUGUUGCAGCUGAAAAUGCAGUUUCUGGAAGUCAAUACCGUGCGGGGGAGCGACUUGAUCUUCACCCUAAGCGGCCUGUCGAUGCUGCUCCACUACAGCAGGAGUUGCUGCUGCUGCGCCAUGAGCAGCUGGAAAGGCAGCUGCUGCAACAGAUGCUGCAGCAGAAUCACGUCUCUGCAGAUCCCUCCAGCAUGGGUGACCCUCCUUUCUGUCCCUCACAGCAGCAAGAACAGGAAGAGCAGCAACAAGAGAACUCCAGAAUUAUUGCGGGGGCUUCCGAAACGGGGCGACUUCCCCAACCACAGCAGCGCUCACGCAGUCAGCAACAGCAGCAACAGCAGCAACAGCAGCAGCAGCAGCAGCAGCAGCAGCAGCAGCAGCAGGGCCGUCGUGGGCAGACACAACAGCAAGGCUCGCAGCAGCAGGAAAAGGGCCGCCGCUGUUCUAAGCAGAAGCAAGAGGUGUCUGCUGCCAGCAGCAGCAAGGGGGCCGGCAGCAGCAGCAGUUCCUCUCAUUCCAGCGCCUCGUUGCUCAAUAGCGGGGGGCAGGCCGUAGUACCCCCCAUCUUCCCGCUGACUCGAGGCCUCAUAGACCUUAUUAUCCGUCAGAAGAUCCCUGAUGCAACGCGAUGGUUCGGGGGCCCCUUCUGCGCGGAGGAGGAGGAGGGCUCCGCCGCGAACUCCUCAACCAGCAGAAAUGUCACUCCCAGCAGCAGCGGCAGUCCAAGCAGCAGCAGCAGCAGCAAUGGGUUCAUGACCUCCCAAGAUCUUGACAUGAUUCUUAGGGUUCAGUUGGCGCAAAUGUCACGUCGGCCAGAGUUGCAGCGCUACACAGGCAAGUGGAAUUACCGCUCAGCAGCAGCUGCAGCUGCAGCGACAGCGCUGCACACAAAAAGUUUGGGAAGGUCGCAUACGCCUCCAUAA